AUGAAGAAGCAGCAACAAAAACACUACAAGAUACGCUACCAUUGUGUUGUAGAAUGGCAUCUGGCAAUAGAGUACUGUUGUCAAUCCAAGCUCGUGCUAGACAAGCAUGUGGUUGGAGCACAGGGCGGAACUCUCCCUUCCUUUGAUUCUGCAGGAGUACUUCGCGGCUGUAGAGUUAUCAAGUGCGACGACGACUGGUCAAGGGUUGUCCUAGAAAAGAGUGUUGCUGAGAUCAACAGCACACUGGAAGGCUUAAAACUUAAGCUUAUUCCGGCCAAGGACAUCCCUUGCCCUCCUCGCGCUCGCAUUUGGCUACCGGUGAUGGACUUGAGCGGUGCAGAAGUGCUGAAAUACCUGAAGUCGCACAACCCUGCGGUGCCGAUGGACGACUGGGCAAUCGUGAAGGCAGAAAAACCGCAAAAGAGCAGCAUGUCAUUCGUUCUGCAGAUCAACGAUGAGUGCCUGCCAAUAUUAAAACAACAAGACAACAAAAUGCGGUUUGGUCUGAGAAAGGCCAAACUGAAAAUUUUCAAAGCAGACAGCAAUGAAAAUGAGGAAGACCCAGAUGAGGUCGACAACAACAUUCAGCUAGAAAAGCUGGACCUAGCUGAAGACAACAAUAAACCCGAUGCCUAG